AUGGCAUCUGCCCUCAACAGCAACCUUCACCCGCCCGGCCCCGGCCCGAGCGCCAAAGCCGGCGGCGGCGCCCGCAGUGGCGCCGACUGGGGCAGGGACUACGACCCCGACAUGCACGUGAAGAUGUGCAAGAAGAUCGCUCAGCUCACCAAGGUGAUCUACGCCCUGAACACCCGCCAGGAUGAGACCGAAGCCACCAUGGAGGCCCUGCGGGAAGCCCACCAGGAGGAACUCCAGGGCGCGGUGGCUGAGACCAAGGCCAGGCUCCUGCAGGAGCAGGAGACCCUUCUGCAGCGCAUCCAGGCCCUGGAGAGUGCCCUGGAGCUGCAGAAGAGGCUGACGCGGGAGGCACUGGCAGAGUCGGCCACGUGCAAGCUAGAGACCAAAGAGCGAGAGCUGAGGGCGGAGGCCGAGCACGCAGAGCGGGUCCUGACGCUCUCCAAGGAGAUGCUGGAGCUCAAGGCCGACUACGAGAAGAGGCUGCGGCAGCUGAUGAGCCACGAGGCUCCCCAGUGGGGCAGACCGUCCCAGGAGAUCCCAGACGCCACGACCGAGCCUAGCCAGGGCCCAGAAAUGCAGCAGGUCCUGCUGGAGGUGGAGCGCCUGCGCACUGAGAACCAACAGCUGAGCCAGGAUUACGCCCGCAAGGCUGAGGAACUGCAGGCCACCUACGAGCGAGAGAACGAGGCCAUCCGGCAGGCCAUGCAGCAGUCAGUGAGCGAGGCCCUGUGGCAGUGGCAAGAGAAGGAGACCGACCUCCGCAAGAACUUCCAGGUUCAAGAGUCAGCCCUGCAGGCCCAGGUCAGGAAGCUGGAAGGAGACCUGGAGCACAGGGGCCGCAAGAUCAGUGACCUGAAGAAGUAUGCCCAGAAGCUGAAGGAGAGGAUUCAGGACCUAGACCUGCAGUUAAGGGAGGCUCGACAAGAGAACUCAGAGUUGAAGAACACUGCAAAGAAACUUGGGGAGAAGCUGGCUGUUGCCAAAGACAGACUGAUUCUGCAGGAGUGUCACGUGGCACAGAAACCAGAUGACAUAAAGCCUAUAUUUGUUUUGGAGAACGAAGACCUGGCAGAAGAAAAUGACUUGGAAGGCCAGAAUUUUCAUCCUCAGCAAGAUCAAGGCUUUCCUAAGGAGUGUUCCUGCAUCAAAGGAGACUCUACUACACAGGUAAAAGUGUCAAGUGUUGAGACAGAAUAUAUGAAGCAACAAUAUGAAGAAGACCUUCAAAAGAUCAAACAUCAAACUGAAGAGGAGAAGAAACACCUCAAAGACCAGCUAGUGAGGCGUCUGGAGGACCUGGUAAAGAAGCACACUGUAGAAAUCAAGUCUGUGCGCUCAUCCGUUGAAGCAGAGAGAAAGAAGCUACAAAAGGAAGUAGAAGUACAGUUGGAGGAAGUGAAGAUGAAAUCAGAAAGGAAAAUAAAGCAGUUGGAAGAAGAGAAAGCAUCCCUCAAUGUGAAACUUCAAAAUUCUCUCCUUGAGGACUCUUGUUCAAAACUGAAGGAAACUUCUCAGACACUUACCAGAGAAGAGUACCAAGAUAAGAUAGGAGCUGAAGAAGGAACCAGCAGUGAGGAAGAAGAAGAAAGGAUUGAAGUGCCCCUCAAGGAGGGAAGUGACCCACAGCCUCCACUGGGCUCUUUGCUAAAGAAAGCACCUGAAAUUCGACGUCUCCAGGAGGACUGGCAGAGCCAGAAGGCCAGGCUGCAAACCCAGGCCACAGAGGAACGUGUGAAGAAGGAAUCCAGCCACAGCCUCCAGAUUCAACACCAGGCCCACCUGCUGGAGCUAAAGGCCUUGGAGGACAAGGCCAGGCAAGAGCUGCAAGAGGAGCGGGAGAGGAUGCAAGCGCAGCAGACCCUGCUGCUGGAGUCGCUCAGGCAGGAGCUGUCAGAGCAGCGAGCUGCCUGCUCUGAGUACCAGAAGGACCUGGAGGUGCUGCGGGCUGAGCUGAGGGCUCUGGGGAGCUUGAGGAGACAGCAGGUCAUCAACCCGUGUCCAGAAAACAGUGAGGACCACACUGAGAACACAGAGGCCCUGGACCUGACCCGCGCCUCCGCCGGCCAGGCCCCGAGCGCGGCGGCGCACCAGCUUCGCGAGGAGGAGCUCGCCCGGCUGCAGGAGGCCCUGCUGCGGCUGCGCGCCGAGGCGGAGCAGCACCAGCAGGAGGCGCUGCAGCUCCGCGACCAGCGCAGGUUGCUAGAGGAGGACCAGCAAGCUCAGAGGGCCAGGGAGGUGGAGGCACUUCGCCAGGAGCACCGGAAGGAGAUGCAGGCCAUGGUGGCUGAUUUUAGUGGGGCCCAGGCCCGACUCCAGGCCCGGCUGGCUGCCCUGGAGGCUGAACUGAAAGACUGCGGAGAGAAGCCAGGAAAGGGAGUAUCGAGGCCGGAGGACCUGCAGCUCAUAGGCCGUCUGCAGACUCGCCUGAAGGAGAGGGAGGAGAUCAUCAAGCAGCUCACGGAAGAGAGAAGAUUUCACUAUGCUGCAUUCCCCAGCACGAUGUCCCAUCGGAAUCGCUCCUUCUCUUUCAACCCGCACCCAGGGUAUUUGACCCCUUCCAUGAAGAAAAAGAAGAUGGAGGAGGUGCCCAGCAGAGUGGUCAGUGUGCCAAACCUUGCCUCCUAUGCAAAGAACUUUCUGAGUGGAGAUCUGAGCUCCAGGAUCAAUGCCCCUCCCAUCACUAAAUCUCCCAGCUUGGACCCCAGCCCCAGCUGUAGCCGACCUUACAAAGCUGCCCAGGCUCUAGAUGCAAAAACUGCUCUGAGGCCACAAGAGGGGGAAACCACCCAAGCCAAGGAGGCCCAGCAGAAGCAGGGCUCUGCACACCAGGAAUGGUUCACCAAGUACUUUUCUUUCUAAGCCAACCUUUGGAAUGCAUUACAGGAUGACAGAAAAGCAUUUAAACCAUCAGAAUGAAGGAAAACUAACCAACCAAAUAACUUGCUGAUAAUCAUUUCCAUAUGACAGCUAAAAUGAAGUUUUGGUAUUAACACUUCCAAUUUCAUUGUGACACACAUUCGUGUAAGUAUUGCUAUUAGAAAUAAGAUACCCAGAUGACAAUGUUACUAACUUUCCUAACGACACGCUGUAUUCCUAGGUGUCUGUAUUGCAGAGCUCCACUUUGUGGUAUGUCAGCCUUAGUGAUUCCCAGUCUGCUUGAAAAGUGGUUUCCAUUUUCCUUAGGAUACUAGUCAACCUCCACUUGAAAAGUUGUUGCUAUGUAAAAUAAUGUAAUUCCAAAACGCACACCUAACCUCAAAAGAAAGAGGAGUAAAACAAAGUUCAAAAGACACAGAAAAGCCAAUCCAAUCCAAAUAAACACACAUGAAAACCUGCUAGGAAUGUACUCUAGCUUGCAUAGACAGCAGGCCUUGACCACCAAGGUCUAGGUGGAGAUAGACAGCGGGAUAACACCUACCUCACGAGGGGCUUUGCAAGGACUAACCAAGACGGUACAACUGGAACUUUCUACAGUGUUUCCUUGCUCUGCAAUGCAUCUCAGUUGCAGUGACCAUUGUGCCAACAUGGGCCUUUCAAAGGCUCCUGGACUGUCUAUUCCUGAGUCGGCCAUGCCUGUGGCCUCUGGUUUGGGACCAUUUGCCUCAGAAUAUGUUGCAUCGCCAGUGCAUGGACUGUGAUCAAAUUGAAGGGACUUGGAACUGAACUGCUCUCGGUGCUGAUCCUGCUCCCAGCCUGCAGGGACUCUUCUUACCCUCUCCCUGCCAGAGCAACACAAUUAGAUGAGAUUCAAUGCAACUUUCCGUGGGAAAAAUAUCUUCUCAACCCUUUGGUGCUGCUCCAGCAAGUGGCCUAUAAACACAUGUAAUUCUAUGCAGUGUUGACGUUUCUGCUCUCUGAAUAAAACUUUAAAUAACUGGAUAAUAACAAAAUGG